GGAGGAGGUGCAGGAGAACUGUGUCCGGUGGCGGAAGAGGUUCACCUUCGUGUGUAAGAUGAGCGAACCGGCCACAGGCCUGCUGGAUCCCUGCGUCUGCCGCGUGUCCGUGCGCAAGGAGCUGAAAGGCGGGAAGGCUUACUCCAAGCUGGGCUUCGCAGACUUGAACCUGGCCGAGUUUGCAGGCUCGGGCUCCACGGUGCGCUGCUGCCUCCUGGAGGGCUACGACACCAAGAACACGCGCCAGGACAACUCCAUCCUCAAGGUCACCAUUGGCAUGUUUCUGCUCUCCGGACCCUGCUUCAAGACGCCACCGUCCACUGCCAAGUCCAUCUCCAUCCCGGGCCAGGACUCCUCCCUGCAGCUGACGUGUAAGGGUGGCGGGACCAGCAGUGGUGGCGGGCGCAGCAGCACCAACUCUCUGACAGGGUCCCGGCCCCACAAGGCCCGACCCACCAUCCUUAGCUCAGGGCUGCCGGAGGAGCCAGAGCAGAACCUGUCCAGCCCCGAGGAGGUGUUCCACUCUGGCCACUCCCGCAACUCCAGCUACGCCAGCCAGCAGUCCCGGAUCUCUGGCUACAGCACGGAGCACUCGCGCUCCUCCAGCCUCUCGGACCUGACGCACCGCCGCAACACGUCCACCAGCAGCAGUGCCUCGGGCGGCCUCGGCAUGACCGUGGAGGGCCCGGGCAGCGAGCGGGAGCACCGGCCCUCCGAGAAGCCGCCGCGGCCCCCGCGGCCCCUGCACCUGUCAGACCGCUCGUUCCGGCGGAAGAAGGACUCGGUGGAGAGCCACCCGACCUUGGAUGACACGCGCAUCGACGCUGACGACAUCGUGGAGAAGAUCGUGCAGAGCCAGGACUUCACCGACGGCAGCAACGCCGAGGACAGCAACCUCCGGCUGUUCGUGAGCCGGGACGGCUCCACCACGCUGAGUGGCGUCCAGCUGGCCAACAGGGUCUCCUCCGGGGUCUACGAGCCAGUCGUGAUCGAAAGCCAUUGAGGAGCAGGUGUCCGGGCCGGAGAGGGGCCCUGGCUCCUGGGGGCUCCAGAGCCGCAUCAUUCCACGAGGAACCUCCCUGGACCUGCCGCCCGUGCACUCCAGCCCACACCUGCCCGCGCUGAAGUCAUUCCAUUGCCGCCCGCCCGCGCCGGGACCUCCUGCCCGCCAGGCCCCGGGCACACUGUGAAUACGCUCCUGUGAACCACUAGAGGGCAGGACGGUGGGGCCACACUGCACGGGGGACACCGCCCAGGCUGGCUAGCUCCUACACAGUGGGGGUGCCUGUGUCCCCACGCACUCCAGGAGCGCCAGCCUUGGCCACGCCCUGGCAGGGCCUUGCUCCAUUGCCCCUUGCCCUGGGGAGGCCAGUCCCCCCCGAGAACCCUGCACCUGUGACCCUCUGGCUGCUCGGCGCUUCUGUGUCCUGGGGGACCCGCUGGCGGCAGCCUCCUGAGAGCCGAGACCUCAGACCCCACCCACACUCUGGACUGAAGCCCCCGCCCCCCCCCCGAGUUCCUCCUGCUGCCCUAGCAGCCUGCACUUUGCACGUGCUUGCCCCCAGCACAGCCCCACUUCCUGUCCACGAGACUGGCCGCUGCCUGCCGCGCAGCCGGAGGCCCAGGGUCUGGCAGCCCGGCUGGAACUCGGCGCUGCCCCCCCCCCCCAGCUCAGGCCUCAGCCCCGUGCAGAGGAAGGGCCGAGCAUCGUGGUGCCCUCUGCUCAGGGCUGGGUCCUGAGCGGCUGGUUUCCCUGCAGGAAGGUCAGGGGCCUGGCUGCGUGGGGGCAAAGCCCCCCUUCCUCUGCCCUCAGGUCAGCUGGCCCGGGCUGGGCCCGCUGCUGGGGACGUGGCGGUGGGGGCCUGUGACUGGACCGGCCCGGAGCUGGCUUCCUGGCCGAAGAACCCUCUGUCCCCUCUCGGGAAGCAUGUGCCACUCGCGGGCAGCCGGGGGACGGGGCAGUCCGGCCCUGCACCCCGCCCCCGCCCCUGGAAAGCCUCAGCGCUCAGCACUUUGCCCCUGGCCCCGUGACUUGCUUGAAGGCGGGCUGUUGCUGCAGCCAGGCCCCGGCAGACGCCCUGCCCCUCUGAGAGUUCACUCAUGUUGUAGAAACCCAGCGGGCUGGUGUUCACUUCACCUGUAGCUGUUUUUCUCCCCGUCCGCCCACCCUCCUGUUCUUGGUUUUGAGUUCCCAGUUCCUUUCCUGUUUCCUCUUCCCCCAGGUGAGGGAGGAGCUUCUAUCCCCUGCCCACCUGCGGGCUGGGUCCCAGCAGGGCUGGGGCCUGGCCCGGGCUGGAAGGGGUGCUGGCGCGCUCCCCGGGCUGGGAGGGUGCCUCGCCCAGCUCUUCUGCCGGCCGGGAGACUCGGUUCUCGGUCUGGCGCCCCCUGGCCUUGGGACCAGAGCCUGUCUGGGGCUUUUGUUCCUGUUCUUGUUUUAAUCACCUAACUCUGGUAGAAACUGAAUGUUAGAAGGUGCCUGCCGGGACACGCCGGGCCGUUCGCACUCUGGUCAGGGUGGAGAGGCCCUUCCUGCCCCGAACCUACCUGGCACUUUAGCAGGAAGCUGGCCGCACUGCCCCCGGGCAAUGGGGGAGCCCUGCCCUUGCUGGGGUCAGUCCGGUGAGGGGGUUCUGAUGCAGAGCCCCGGGCCGCGGCCACAGAGACUCCUGCUGUCAGGAACCCCUGUCCCACCCAGCUGCCCCAGAAGGAGGCAGAGCCUGCACAGCCUCCCACGCCCGGCCCUGGGCUGGGGUCACUGGACUCAGAAUUUGGCCACAACCAAAUCUAUGCUGGGGCCAGAGAGGCCAGGAGCCCUGGCCCCGCCCCCCGGGGAGCCCUGCCCGUAGCUCCUCGUCCCCUCAGGCUCAGUGACCUCCCACCAGGCGCCCGGCUCCUGGACUUCGGAUUCUAGAGACAGAGAGAGUAUAUUAGAGCUAUUUUUGGAAAGCAAGUGGUCUAUGCAAUGUCGGUUUAGAAUCUUGGAAGUUUUAACGUUUUUACUAGGAGAGCUACAGGAAAAUAAAGGUCUGCGAUAUUUUUAGGUGUUUUCUUUUCCGUCCAGUCCCCCACAGACUGACCGCCCGGGCGCAGAGCGUCCCUGCUCCUCAUCUCUGGGUGCCAUCGCGGGGUGCGGGAGGGAGUGCGGAUCCCCCUCCUCUCUAACAAUGCCGCUGCCACCACGCCCAGCUCCGUGGGCUGUGUUCUGUCCCUGUCCCAGCUUCUAGCGUAGAAGGUAACAUUGUACAGGGAAAUCAGCCUAAGAAAUCAGCCUAGCAUCGGGUGUCUCUGUUUUAGGGGAGAAAAUAUUAAAUGUUGCAGUUUUUGUU